AUGUUUGUAUGUACAUACAAAUGUAAAAAAAACUUAAAAAAAAUAUAUAUUUUUGAAAAAUUUAUCAUUUACUAUUAUAUUUGAGGUUUUACUUCUCUUUUUUUCAACCAUAAACCAUUGACAGGUCAUCUUAUUUUUUAACAAUGUUGCGUUUGGUCUCCACAAUUUCUAUCAAAGGGAAUUAUCGUAGAAUUUUUGGUUUACUUCAACGCGGCUAUAAAUGUGAAACAAUAAAUGGUCUUAUUCCCGGAGGUGGCUUAAAGAAAUUUAAAAAUAUCAAAGAAGAAGAAUAUUUCUCAAAGAAGGAUAACAAAAUUUUCGAAAACAUCAAAGAAAACCCUGAAAACUACCAAAUGAUGGAAGACUUUGGAUGUAAUCCACCUUAUUCCAAGGAAGUGCCGAAAUUUCAACCAACCAGUUCAGUAAAGCAUAAAAAUCUUCCCGAAGAAGUCUAUUUUUUAAACGAACAUUGUGAUUGCAUUCAGAAGUUAAAAUUAAAGAACAGCAAAGAAGAUAAUUCAUAAAUAUUCGCCUUCUAACAUUUAAUAAAGAAAAAAAUCAAUUUUUUUAAAAUUUUAACGUCAAAUUUUGAGUACUCGAAAAAAUACUUGAACAGCAAACGGAAAUUCAUCACACGCCAUUUAAUUUGCGACCAAAAGAAGAACCAAGGAGCAGCUGAUAACUGUCAAAAAAGAAGAAAAAAUAGAAAAACAAAAUAAAAAAAAGAAAACAAACAUCUGUCUAUUUUAAGAAGACGAAACAACUGCGCUUUUCACUUUAAAAAACUGCGACCAAUUUUUCAAUCUCCUCAAAAUAAUCAAUUGCUUGUUUUCCAAAAAGUUUUCCAAUUGAAAAUCAAUAUUUUUGAAUAAUAUUGAACUCUCUUGAAUUGUAUAAUGUUCAUUGCUCGUCGAUUCAUUCUUUCCAUAAAUCCGAAAAACCUCCGACUUAGCUGAGUCCACAUCGAUUAGUUUCAUCAAAACCACAUUCCUCCCUCCAAACAACAUGGCAGCACUUUGUGGAUCAUUGAAGAAAAAUAUUCGCACGAAAAUGAAGGAAAGUAUACUUCCAUCAAUAACACCAGAGUCUAGGAAAAGGCAAUCCGAUGGAAUUACUCAAAGGGUUAUCGCUACUGAUGACUUCAAGAAAGCUAACACAAUUAGCAUUUACCUCAGCACACCAACUGAAGUUGAUACAACUAAGUUACUCUCGGAGAUGUUCUCUCAAGGAAAGCAGGUUUUCGUACCAACUUAUAAUAAAAACGUCAUGGAAAUGGUGAAACUCGAAUCCCUCUCCGACUACGAAUCUCUCCCUCUCACAAAAUGGAACAUCAAACAACCAAAAAUCAGUGAUGGACGUCCAAAUGCCCUCACUUCCGGUGGAAUUGAUCUCUUUUUAGUACCGGGAGUUUUAUUCAGCAAUAAAGGAGGACGUUUAGGUCAUGGAAUGGGAUUCUAUGACAAAUACUUCAAAAGACAUUCCGAGACAUAUCCCAACAAAAAGACAACUCGAAUGGCAAUCGCCUUCAAGGAGCAACUUGUGCCUGAAGACGAACUGCCCUUGGCCGAACACGAUGUGAUCUUAGACUUUGUUGUAACGGAAGAUGAAAUCCUUUCCUCGAAAUAAAAUUUAUAUAUUUUUUUCUUUAUUUUAAGAAACAAGAGAAGAACAAAAUAAAAAAAGAAA